AUGACCAGACUCUGGGGGUCCUGCCUGCUCCUGCUAACCAUCCCGGUGGUCCUGGUGGAAUAGCACAUUCCUUACAAGAACACAGGCAAGGUGUUGAGGGAAUUAAGGGCCAUCAGCACCUCAAGUGGCAACGUGAAGCAGUGUCUGUGGUUCGCCAUGCAGGAAUACAACAAGGAGAGCAAGGACAAAUGCCUCUUCCAGGUGGUCAAGGUGCUGCAGGUCCAGCUGCAGGUCACAGAUCGUCUGGAAUACUUUAUUGAUGCUGAAAUUGCCCGCACCAACUGCAGAAAGCUUCCAAACGGUAACGAAAACUGCGUGGUUAAGGAAAACUUCAGACUGGAAAAGAGACGAAUGUGCACCUUUCUGGUGGGCGCACUCCCGUGGCACAGUGAUUUCACCGUGAUGAAGAAGAAGUGUGUGGAUGUCUAG